AAACGGCGGUGGCUGGCGUGGACCUACCAAAAAAACAGCAGGAAUGGGCGGCUUGCAGUUCAAACAUGGCAGCGGCGACGAGUGUUGUGGUGCUCGACCGCGGUAAUAACACCACCUGCACCAUCAACCUGCACGGUGCCACCGUCGUCUCGUGGCGCGUCAACAACCAGGAGCAGCUGUUCGUCAGCAAGCAAGCCGUGUUUGACGGCAAAAAGGCCAUCAGGGGUGGCAUUCCUUUCGUCUUCCCCCAAUUCGGAGAAUGGAACUAUGGGCCGCAGCACGGCUUUGCCCGCAUCACCCGUUGGCACCUGGAGAAGAAUCCAGAGCGAAUGCCCAGCGGCGACGUCGAGGCCAUUUUCUCCUUGAUGGACAACGAGUUUACUCGUUCAAUGUGGUCGUACCCAUUCCGGUUGACUUACCGCCUGAUCCUGCGAGAGAAAGAGCUGCACUUUAACAUUGGAAUCUACAACCCUAGCAAGGACCUGACCUUCAGUUUCAAUUUGUUGUUGCACACAUAUUUCAAGGUUCCAGACGUCCGACGGUGUCAGAUAACUGGUCUCCACGGUUGCACAUUCAUCGACAAGACAAGAGACGGGGCAAUGUUUCAAGAAGCCCGGGAUGUUGUCACGAUUGGUGAAUGGACAGACCGCAUCUAUCAGAACACUCCGCAGGAGCACAUUAUCACCAAUGUUGUCUCAGGACGCAAAAUGCGGAUACAGAAAUACAAUUUCCCAGACACAGUUGUGUGGAACCCGUGGAUUGAGAAGGCGAAGGAGACGCCUGACUUUGGCGACGACGAGUACCCAAACAUGAUUUGCGUCGAGUCAGGCCACGUGAGCAGCCCGGUGAUCCUGCUGCCAGGGACGGCCUUCGAGGCCAGCCAGAUCCUGCAGGUGAUGUGAGCAGAGGGGCCGCGACGCGGUGGUAUGCCGGCCGCUGGCCCAGCCCCUCGAGGGGUGCGGGUCCAGCCGCUGGCGGCCGCCGCCGCCGCGCCGCCAGAGCCCCCGGCCACCGCGGCCGCCGCCCCCGGCUACGGCUGGCUGGCGCUCAAUUCGAUCUACUCGGAAAUGUUUGUGCCUGGCGCACCAACGCCCAGGCGGUUCCUUCUUGAAGGAGCAGCCGCGGCCGCCCUCCACUCCAAGGACGAGCCUUGCAACCAGCCGGCCAACUGCAGCAUAUGCUCCCUCAACCUCUAACGCCCGGCCUUUCCGCUUCUCAGCCAAUGGCGAGACAUUCUUUGCCCUGAUUCAGCCAGUCUUCGCUUUAAUCCGCGGCUGUUAGUUUGCAUCUUUUAAAGUUUUAAACAUUUAUUUUUCUCCCUUUCAUAAUCGAAAUAGGUUGAUAAGAGUGUUGGAAAAGGUUUAAGUCGCACUUUGCUAAAUUUGUAGUGUCUUCCCGUGGGAAAAAUUACUACCUGGUUUUCACCUGUACCGGGGUUAGUUUCGUUAUUGUUUUGCGAGUCCAAAUCGGUUAAUGUAUAUUUAAUCGCGCUUUGUGAUCUUAUCAUGUGUCAGAAUUUGAGAGUUGAGCUGGCUGAAUCUAGCAGAUUCUUCGCCUACUGAACCAAAAAGCCAGCAUCUUUUUCAAAGGUUCCUAGGGAUUGAAAAUUUAGAAUUUGCUUUCUGGGUCUUAACAUUUAUGCUGUCGUGUAGUUGAAUGUGAAAAAUGGCACGCAUUACGUUUUAAUUAUAAACUAAAAGAAAUCUUGUGUUUCGCAGACUUGAUGUUAGAAGCUUGAAGCAAAAUUUUUCACAUUCCUGCUGCUGCAAAAUUUACAAAGGAUAUCUCGGGUACUUGAAGUCAAAAUAUAUACUCGAUAGGGAAUGAAGUGAAUUCUAUUCGUUCCAAUCAAUUCUGAAACUUCAUUUUGCCUAUAUAUUUGUCUGACAAGUUCCAAGAUCUGGCUUCAUAAAACACAAAUCUGCCGAGAGUAAGGGAACAGUUUUUUAACAUUGAGUUUUGCUAUUCCCUUUCAAAUUUCCUUUUAAAGCGGGCCCAAUUUUAGAAGUCCCCGAUGGAUACAGAUCGAUGAAACAGGGGGAUUUCAUUGCACCAACUCUUGAUGUCCACACACAGAAAACAAUAAUAGAAGAGUUUUUAUCAAUAACGCAUGUGCGCUUCCUACUGUUGUGUUUCUUUUCACGCUCGAAUGUUGUACUAAUACUGGUUUUGCCACCUCAACCAAAGGUUUGUUGUUUCUCGAACGGAAUUGUGAAAUGACUGAUUGAUGUAAAAGUGAAAGAGAGCUACUAUAUGUUUACGAUAAUUUAUAAAGAAAGGCUUUUUUGUAAUUUAUUUUAUGUUUCUCGCGCCAGUUUUGUGCCACUACUUUUUAUAGAAAAGAGAGUCCUAAAACUUUUGAUCUUUCUGAUGAAUAUGGAUCUCGAAAUUCAGUUCCCUGCGCACAAGAUGCUGCCCUCCUUGUUUUCUCUUUUUGAUCCUAUACAAACACAAAAAGAUGGAAAAAAUAACUAACACGCGCCCAUUCCAGUCUCUGUUAUUACGACUAAUUAUGUUGCAUUUUUACUCAAGAUUCCCGUUCUACUUUAUUUUACAAUUUAUAAAACUUUCUCGCGCACGCACAUAUUUUGAAAAUAACUUGCUCAUGGGUGUUUUAAAAGUAAUCAUAUUAAUCAUUGUGAGUGCUAAGUAAUAAUCUUUAACAGAGAGUUAAUGCUCACAUCCACACAGAUUUGAUUUUAGCAUUCAAAAUCAUGCAAUAAGCGUCACGUGUAUUCGUUGUCUAGCAAUUCAUGUGUGGGUUUAAAUGUGAAAAUCGCAUGUAUAUCACUAUAUAUGACGAAAGGAAAUAAUAAUUAGCAUAAGGUUCCCAGUCGGGCUUCUGCUUCCCUGCGAUUUCUGACCUCACUGUUUGGUUGGCUCGGACAAACGAGCGAUUUGGUCAGAGGCCCGGUACACUAGUUAGCCAAGAGUUAGUUUGUUAGUCAGUUGUUGAUCCACUUUAUUACUAUACUACUACUCUUUGAUGUUCUCUUAACAAUUCAAUGUAUUUGCGACUCUCCAUUCGCGCUUCGCAUACUCUGGUAAUGAUAAAAUUAUAUUUCGCUGUCCCUGUUUAUGAGAAAUCAUAGGAUGCUAGAAAACUCGAGUGCCAAGGCACUGCCUUACGAAAAAUGUAUACGACCGCAGAUUUGUUCUGUUCACCAACCUUGGGCAGUCCCUCCAAUCUAUCAGACAACGAAAAUCAGCUCUUUCAAUCGAUUCAGACCCGAUUUGCCGUAAUGUUAAUUUCUAUGUAACCACUUCUGAAAAAUAUUAGCUUUGGAAAGAUGGAAUUUAACAUAAAACAAUUCAUAAUAUUUUUCAUGAAAUUAUCUGUAUUCAAAAUGGAAGUACUAACUAACUGCUGCAGAUGUGCCGCAAACAUGCAUCAACGGCCAAAUCGAUUGUGUCUGUUUGGAAAUGCUCCCCAAGCAAAUUUUUAGCUAAUCAUUGAAGAAUAAUUGUAGCAUAGUCCAUGUGAUAUUUGCUAAAAUUCCUCUCUGAGCAAUAUUGAAGCCACACACAACGUUAUAAAGAUUUGGAAAUUAAGCGUUACCAAUUUGAUUUUACCAGUUCGUCCGCAUGGAAGACCAAAAGUUUAGCAUAAUGCUAGAGCAAAAACUGAAUUGAAUCUUGUUCAUCAUGGGAGUGGUGCAAUAAAAUUUAAAAGCAAA